AUGUCCGUCCAAGAGGAAGGAACUGCCCGCGUUUCUCUCGGCGAGAAUAACUUCCUCACCGAUCAUAACUGUCACGGUGUAAUUGGGCUGGGCGCAGAGACUCAGUGGCGCAUCAAGGCCUAUAAAAUCACUGAAGACAGUCCCCCACUUUUUAUAAUCCUCAUGGGCAGCGAAGGCUCCGAAGAACGUUGUUUGACCCUAGAUACCGACGCUGGGGAGAAUGAGAACAACAUUAUGGUAGAACCGCUGGAGACGCCGAGGCCAAAGACGUCUCAGUUAUGGACCUUUGAGGAUGCAGCUAUAAUGGAACGAUUGCCUCCAAUUAUGCACGCCCGUAUUCAGAGCUGUGCUAGGCCUUGGCUCUCGGCCGCCAUCGGUGGAAACGUGGCUUUACCAAGGCUUUACCAAAACAUCGCAGGUGUCCCGAAUGACCCCGGGUCGCAAGGCCAGAAGUGGAAGCUUGACUACAUGCUCGUUGAUUAA